AAGUUCAUUCCGGGUCGGGAGCUUUGAUUUGCUGUGUACCUCCCAGUCGUGUACCCUCAGACGGAAUACAAAUACUAGAUUUUGCCCAUGGAGCAUUUUCGGCUGCGGAUUUUAGUAUUUCAAGAUGGAGAUUUUCACAGUGUGUCUCGUUCUCGUGGUAGUGUUGGCGUUGGCGUACGUGGCAGCGAACCUGGCCGCGCCGGACGGGCUACCCCUGCACGGCGUGUACGCUGUGCCUAGCCGGUGGUACACGCUCAAGUACCUGGUCGCAAAAUGCAUGCUGAGGUGGAGCAAAGGCAGGAAACGCACCAUCAAAAAGAGGACGAUGGACUACCACAUGUUGCAGGACAAGAUGAGGGAUAUCGGCGAGAUGGAGUUUUACAAUGGAAUUGAGAAGGGUCAGAAUUGCCUGUACUUCAACGGCAGCGAUCGGGGCGGUGCAACUCGCCUAGCCGUCCGGGUCUCUGUGCUGCCCAACGACCGCCGAGAGGUCUGCUUCCUUCUCCGGAUACCGGGAGUAGGCGACCUGGUGCUCCCAAGCCAUCCCGACUGCAUCACAGACAAUGUACGCCCUGGGGAAGGGUUCAGCGGGGCGGGGGUGACCUGUACGCCCAUCGAACCUUCACGGACUUGGAGGAUCGUGUUCAACGGUCUUUGCAGGGUUGGUAUUAGGAAUGAAUGGAGUGCAGACGACCAAAGACCAGUAGUCCAUCUCCGCUGUAGUCUGUUGUGGAGUGCGUUUUCAACAUUCUACGACUUUGCAUCUGACACCAAUCUCGGCCUAGCUGCAGAUGCCAUCGCCAGAGAACAAUGGACGCCGCAGUUUGUCACCAAAAUACAACAAACGCAACGGGUCCACUAUGCCCAGUUUGGCAUGAUACACGGGGUGGUCCAAGUCGGUGACCAGGAAGAAAGGUCACUGCUCAUGCGCGGUGUUAAGGAGCGUCUGAUUGGUGGCAAGCAGUUGAGUGAUAUCCAUACUCAAAUUUCCAACUACAUCGUGUUGGAGAAUGGGAAAUGUCUAUAUGCCAACGCUUCCUGCAUCCCUGGAUAUCUGUCCAAUGCCACCUGUGGGUUUAUGAUGAAGGCGGUUGGUGACGUCAUCUCAGCAUCGUCCGUGGACCUCCCAUUAGCUGUUCUCUUGGAAAAUGCAAAUGAUAUACCAAAGAAGUUUGCAUUCAGCUUACAACCCGAAACUGGAGAGAGGCUAGACGUUCAGGUGAACAUCGAAGAUACGUUGGACUUCAACAUGGGGAACGACUGGAGCGUGCGUCUAGCUGAAGGAAUGAGCCAAUUUACUGUCAAUGGAGUGAAGGGGUGGGGCGUUUGCCAGACCCUCACAAGGUUCCAAACGGGUAGGCUGGUUCCCGCAACAACACCCGUUCCUAAGCUAUACAGGGAGCCAGAUAUCGCAAGCAUGGUAGACUCCAAGCCACUGGCUGUGCCGCUGACUGCGAGUUCCUGCCAGGCGUCUUCCCUGACCGGCGGCAAGGGCUCCCAGCUUGCAAAGCUGGUGGCUCUGCAGAACCAGCUAUCGGUAGAGUAUGAAGUUCCGUCAGGUUUCUGCAUCACAACGGCUGCCUUUGAGGCGCAUCUACAGGACAACAAGGACUUACGGAAAGCUCUGCAGGAAUUGCAUGAUGUUUCUUGCACCGUUAGAGAGGGCGACCUCGUGACAAUAUGCGACAGUACUGCUGCCCAGAUUGCCAACACGCCUAUCUCAGAUGACUUAAAGGGUGAAGUCGCUGGAAAGGUUGCCGAUGUAUUUGGCGAUGCAGAAGGCUCCAAGAUGUACGCCGUUCGCUCAUCAGCUGUCGGUGAAGACACUUCACUGACGUCAGCUGCUGGACAGAUGGAGACAUUCCUUGGAAUAAACGGCAUGGAACGGAUAUUUGAGGCGGUACAGAAAUGCUGGGCGUCUAAUUUCUCAUUCCAAGCGGUCCAGUAUAGAAGGCAAUACGGUCAAUCAGUGGACUCGGCCAUGGCAGUCGUUAUCCAAGAAAUCGUCCCCGCAGAAAGCGCAGGUGUUGCCUUCAGCCGUGAUCCGAUGACCGGUGACCCAACCAGGAUCGUCAUAAAUGCAAACUAUGGGCUUGGAGAGUCGGUAGUGUCGGGCAUGGCCGAAGCAGACACGAUUACUCUACACGUUGACGGCAAGAGGAACCUGACUAUAGUGGAGAAGAAGAUAGGACGCAAGGAGGAAGCAAUAUCGGUAGCAGAUGGAGGCGGAACCCAGACAACCAACCAGACUGAGACCAAGGCAGCAAGUUGUUCCGUGUCGGACGAACUGUGCCUCAAAUUGGGAAGGAUUGCACUCAUGUUGGACGAGUGUUUCUCCGACGCUCGGGACAUCGAAUGGGCUGCAGUUGGUGAUGCGAUAUAUUUACUGCAGGCCCGAGCUAUAACAACCCUGGACGUGCCAACUCGGUACGAGUUGCUCCAUGAGUUUGACACUGGUCUCCCGGUGGACAAUAUAUGGAUGAGUACUGCGAAUAUACAGGAGAUGUGUCCCGGUGCAGUAUCGCCGCUCACUCUCAACAACUUCUUUGUCGACUGUGAUGUCUUAGACCAGGUUUCAAGUAUGACACUCCAACGACCCAUAUCACUGCCAGCAAUGCGCAGUGUGUUAGUGGGCUACAACCACGCAUUCAUCAGCUUGACCAAUCUGGUGUCGAUGUUUGUGAGGAUGUCGCCAAUGGCGGAUAACAAGCUAGGCGGAAUGCUAUUUGGAAAGGCUUUUGACGUAGACUGUGUACGUGAAGCCAAGGAGCUGAAUGAGCCUCUACUGCCGUUGUGGCGUAUGCAUCUAAAUAGACUCCUGUUUCUACAGAAUGUUUUGUUCAAUCGGCCGAAACUGGAGCGGGAAUUUGCCAAGGCAGUGACCCAUCUGACGAAGCGAUGGGAAACCGCACAAGAGCAGUACGAUGACAUCUGCAGAUACCCGAACGAUCGGAGCGAGAUCCUCGAGUACCACGGGAUGGAGACGCACAAGUCGGCCAUUAUGCAGCAAGUCGUGGGCUCGUUGAUUUCCAGCUAUACGGACAAGAAACUUCUUCCAAACCACCUUGCACUGUUGCUGUCCUCGUGCCCGGAUGUUGAAAGUGCCAAGGUUCCGUUGGCCAUGGAGAAAGUUGCCAGGGCCAUCUUGAAGGAAGGCAAGAGCGAAUCCUUUCAGACAAUGACUCCAGUUGAUGCUCUGGAAUGGCUACAGUCGCCCUCUAGCGGCGAAGCAGGGAGAGACUUCGCUGACUUUCUUCAGCGUCACGGUCACAGAUGUGUGAGAGAGGUGGAGUUGCGAGACAAAUCCUGGAGUAUGGAACCACUCCAAGUCAUACCAUCAUUGCAGGCAAUUCUGGCGUCUGAUUCCCACUCGUCGUCUGAGAAGAAACAGGUGCUGAGCGCGGCCGAAGCGAUGGACGGUCUAGGACUAGCAAUUCCUGCGCUUCGCAGGAAAGUUCUUGUUUCUUACCUCUUGCCGAAAGCCAGGGAGGGCGUGGCUGCUCGGGAAGCCAGUAAGUCGAUGUUCAUCAAGAUCAACCACCGCUUGAAAGAAGCCUGUUGGAGACGCAACCUGAUGGUCAGAGAGGGCCGACUUCCUGACGAGGAUCUGCUGUUUUUCUUCACUCUCGACGAAAUCGGCAGGUUCCUGCGAGACCGCUCACCAGCGCUGAUUUCACGGGCACAGCGAAGGCGCCGUUUGUUGCCAGAGAUGAAUGAAAUGAGGUUCGAGCUGGUGUUUGCUGGUCGACCAACGCCGAUGUCGGAGGAAGAGGACGUUAGAGCAGAAUUCAAACUGGAAGGAACACCCAUCAGCCAAGGAAUUGUGAAGAGCACAGCGAGGGUUGUGACUUGCCUCCGAGAUGCCAAUAGCAUCAAGAAAGGAGACAUCCUGAUCACCCGUAUCACGGAUAUCGGCUGGAGCCCAUACUUCCCCCUCAUCGGAGGACUGGUCACCGAGAUAGGGGGCGUCCUCUCCCAUGGUGCCGUGGUGGCCCGGGAGUAUGGUAUCCCGUGUGUCGUGAAUGUGCAGCGGGCAACAAGUGUUUUCAAGUCAGACGAUAUAGUCGUCAUGAACGGCGGGCAGGGAACAGUGGAGAAAAUAGGAACGCCGAAUGCUGCAUCUUGAGAAACGCCUCCAAUGUCAGCUAAGAGUAGCUUGGACCACAUCAGCACUCCUACUUGAAAAUUCACGCAUAACUAAGACAAUUAUGGAACUUUUACAAAAACGUGUUUAUUUUACCGUGACACAGUGAUUUAAAACAAAGGCAAAGUAAUGACAAGUUUAGGUAAUAGGAAAUUAAAUUAAAAGCAAUACGAAAAUGUGCAAGUUUGUCUGUGAAAUGCGACAUUCCAUUCAUAUUAUAAACUUUAUAAAAUGAACCAAAAAUUAUAUUACAAGUAUUUAUAGUUGUCUCAGCUUUUUCCAUUUUCUGAUAAUGAAACAACUAUAAUCUGGUUAGCUGAAGUAACAAAGGGUUAUUCAGUUUCAACCUUGAGAGUAAGCAUAUAAUGUCAUUGAGGUUUAUACUGAGUUUGAUUUAAGUCAAACAAUGUUACACCGCCUAGUUGUGUCGUCUGAUAAACGUUUUUCAUUGGAGGUAGCAGUAGCACCAGUCCUUCUGAUUUAAGGCGUGUGAUCGCACCCCCACACCAUCGCACACCUAAAAGCUUCCCGUGAAGUGUGAAUAAUUGCACUCCUGAAUUUCCCUGGACCACAGAUCACACACCUAGAAAACCACACGCCUAGAAAAAAACACACACCUAGAAAAAUCCUGGUGUGCCUUUUCCACACGCCUGUGAUUUUCAAAUCAGAAGGACUGUAGCACACGCUAAGUGCAUAACUAUGGUUUAUGAUUGAUUACCAAUUACAAUAAGCGAGAUCCAGUCUGAUCUUGGUUUUGGAAACUUAUCAAAUGGGAUAAUGUGUUUAAAAAUUGACAAAGACCAUCUUAAAAAUCAUAUUAUAUUCCUUUCCAUCUUUUUAAGCCUUCUGAUUCAAAAACAAAUCAUAAAGUGGCAGGGUUAUGUUCUCAGUUAUGAAGGCUAACUAUUCUUUUAGCAUCACAUGUAAGUUGGGGUUGCUCAUAAUAAUAAAACUUUUUCAUAAACUGGCUGAUGAUUUAGAUUAACCAAGAAAAACAAAAUUCUGCAAUACCUUGACUGCAUAAUUUGAAUUUAAAACCAUGUAUGCACUUCAAUUUUGGUGGUUGUAAUUGGAUCUGAAUCAGCCAUUUUUCGGUUAUAAAGUUAAUAAAUAAUUUGACAUCCAGAUGUUUUCUGUGGUAUCUUGGUUUUGUUACUGGAUAGUACUGGCUAAAACUGCACAGGGGCAUUAUUUAAAAAAA